UGCGCUCAGGGCUGAAGCGGUAGAGCAGAGGUGAGCGCGCGCAGAACUCUUACCUGUCCAGUCAUCACUGACAGAUCAUCAUUAGCUGUAGAGUGCGCUUAAUGACGAGUGUGUGUGUGAGGGUCAGAGGUCAUGAUGUCUGCGGUGUGUCUGCUGUCCGUCCUGCUGCUGCUGAUCUGCGGUCAGCUGGAGGCGAAAUCCCUGAUGGAGAUCCUCAGCCUGGACGGUGAUGGAGCUCUCAGUCUGGACUCCAGUAAGGCUCAUGAGUUUCUGUCCAGUUCUCGACCCAAGCGGAGCCUGGACCCGCGCUGGCACCGGCAGACCCCAGACUUCCAGGCCUACUACAAAUACUACAGCAGCAUCGGGCACACAGAGGGCCUGUAUGAGGUGGACCGGAUCCGCAUGCAGUACCAGCAGAUGAGGCACCUGGAGCAGCUCCACGGCCCCGAUGCGCCCUACUUCCAGAACCGGCUGGGCCGUCCGGUGCUCCCUGCGCUUCCCACAUGUGAUCCUGCUACAGACAAGGGCUGCAGAGUGUCUCCGCCCCCAGCCACAGCCCCACCCCCCUCCGCAGUGAAGGGCCCUGUGGCUCCGCCUCCCGCUGCUGUGAAGGGCCCCGUGGCUCCGCCCCUCACGCAGGCAGAUGUGGUGUAUCUGUGCAAUUCUAAAGACCCGCUCUGCAGGCCGCACAUCGUCUACAUGCCCGCGGGGGCCGUACCGGUGCUGUGCGACCCGCGCUACCAUCCCACCUGCAAGCUAGAGGCUCCACCCCCUCCUAAAAAGUCUGAGCUGGCCCCGCCCCCUCCUAAAAAAUCUGAACCGGCCCCUCCACCAGCCCCCAUGGUCUUCAAGGCGAUGGAGUACGACUGCGACCCGUACUGGGACCCGGACUGCCUGAUCGACCACCCACCGCGGCCCCUGAGGGGUAAAGCUGACCUGGGGGUGGAGCCACUGCUGCCCAUCAGCAAGAAACAGCCCCACCCACAUCACCUCACACCCUACAACUACCAGUCUGAACUCUACGACCCGCUGCGACACUCAUACCCGCGCGCAGAGACCGCCGACAGCGCAUAGAGCCCCCGGGCCAUAUGUGUGUGUGUGUGUGUGUGUGUGUGUGUGUGUGAUUAUUGAGCAGGAAGCAGACGCUCGUGAAGGACGACACACUGCGAGAUCAUUAGUCUGAGCUUCACAGCUGUUUGUGCUUACCUGAUGAUGAUUACAGUCCACACACACAUGCGCACACACACACACACACACACACACACACACACACAGUUUUACUUCUGUUGACUUUUAUUUCAAUGUUUAAUCACUUUGUGUGGAAAAAGCAAGAUUGACAGUAAGAUAAAUAAAGUGUGUAAAUCAGCAGA